CUUUUUUCUAUAUAAAUCACCUCAAACCCUCUUCCCUCUUCCUCCCCCUCUCCUCUCCCUCCCUCCUAACUCCCACUUUAAGCAACCCUCUUUUUUGUCUUUUUAAUUCUCCAUUUUUAUUUUGCCCUUUUCAAUUUUAUUUAACAAGAAGACAAUAAUUAAAGCAAAAACAACUUUAACCUACUUGGGAGUGGCAGUUGAUUUAAAGGCAGAGUUAGUUACACUAAUUGGAGAUCAUGUGAAUCAAACAUAAAGAAAGCUAUAGCUAGUAGCAAGUGUAUGGUCAUUUUUAACACAUUAUUUUACUAGAAAUCAGUCAUAAUAAGGUUUUUAGAAGACAAAAUGAAAGAGAAUGGUAGGAAGCAAGGGGCAGCUGCUCCAUGUGCUGCAUGUAAGCUUCUGAGGAGGAGAUGUGCUAAAGACUGUGUUUUUGCUCCUUAUUUCCCAGCUGAUGAACCUCAGAAGUUUGCCAGUGUUCAUAAGGUGUUUGGUGCUAGCAAUGUCAACAAGAUGCUUCAGGAGUUACCGGAACAUCAGCGAGGCGACGCGGUGAGUUCCAUGGUUUAUGAAGCAAAUGCAAGAGUGAGAGAUCCAGUGUAUGGAUGCGUAGGGGCAAUAUCGUCACUACAGCAACAAAUUGAUGUUCUUCAAACUCAAUUGGCAUUGGCACAAGCUGAGGUAGUGCAGAUGAGAAUGAGACAAUUCUCAUCAUCAGUUUCAGGCAACACAGCAGCAAAUUCCCCUGAUCACAACAACUCUUCUCCUUCAUCAUCCAGGCAUACACAUCACCAUCAUCAUGAUAGAUCCCUUUUCACAAUGGGGAUGAUUAUUGAUCAUCAGGGCAAUUUGGGAGAGUCCUUAUGGUCAUGUUAAGAAUUAAUGUUACUAGAUUGAGCCUGGAUUUUGAUGUGUUAUAUAUUUUAAUUAGAUUUGAUAUGAUGGUGUAUUUCUUUAUUGUCUGCUGCUUUUUUUUUCCCUUCCUAGCCCUUUACCUAUAGGCAUAUUUAUACUAUAGGACCCUGAGAGGCUGAGACACUAUGAUGAUGAUUGAUUAGCAUCAUUAACCAUAUUGUAAAUUUCAAACCCUUAUAAUUAAUUAUGAUGAGCUACUAUAUUAUAGUUUUAUUACGUCUGUGAAGUUUGACUAAUCACUUUUUUUUUAUCUUCAUGUCAUGUUCUUUCUUUCUUU